CUGAAUUUCCCAGUAUGUCCUGGCUUGUAAACAUGAACAGUCGUGCGCGUUGGAUCCCAAUCAUCGCUGCGUCAAACUAGCCCUUCACGUUCUUUUCGGAGGAUGGUCUCUUCUUCGUUUUUUUCGUUUGGUUGUUGCUUCGAAGCUUGUGCAGCCUCCACUUUAUCAUAGAUGUCCCAGGUGGACGCUCUUCUUCAGUGUUUUCUUUUCGUGGUCUACCGGUAUACGUUAGAGUUUGCAAGCGAGGAGGUACGUGCUGUUCAAUUCGUACACCUAUUUUGAACCAACAAGGCAAACUAGAACUACACGCAGUACAAAAAUAGAUUCCUCUCUCCUGAGGGAGCUACUAUGGGGAAUUUCUCGGGGAAUGCGAGUUCAGGCACGACCCAACCUGCGGGUUCGGCUUCAGAUCGUCCGCCUGCCACGACGCUGAGCAGCCGCGUUUCCUCUCCCCCCGGUCACGAUCAAGAUCCGGGCAGAAAGCGGUACUACAGCGGACAGCUGGGGCACCUGCCAGCCGUGGAGGAGCAGCAAGAAGACGAUAAUAGUUACAACAACGCAGCGUCGGUCUAUUUCUAUUCCCAGCAGCGGCGCGAGCGGUACGCGGCAGCUAGUACAACGAGUUCAGAACAAGCGCCAGCACGACCCACACCCAGCAAUCCGCCACGACAGUCGCGUUUCUGCGACAGCGAGCCCUGUUUGGUGGACCAGGGAGAACUCGUCCUGACGGGGCCGCGAACCCCCGUGUACACUGAUUCCCUCGACCUGUUUCGCAGUAUCGCAGAGGAUUCUGAGGAGGAGCUACCGGUUCUCUGCUCCGCCCGCGGGUGGCCCAACACGUACCGGGGCACGGCGUGGUUCUAUCACGAGAACGUGCGACUGCGCGUCCACCGGACGCAGCCGGACAUCGAGUGGGAGAGGCUGCAGAGGCAAUUCUUUGCGCGUCAGCGGCUGCAGACCCGCCCUGCAUCCUCCUCGUCCACAGCGUUGCUGCAAACCUGCGGGCUGGGCUUUUAACUAAGGAGGUAGAAGUAGGAGCGGCUAGCAGCAACUGCUUCUCGUUGUGCUCCCCGGCUGCCGUGCCUCUCGGCUGUGUGGAUUCAUGUAAGCGCCGCUCUCCUCAGUGUUGUGUGUGUCUUUGAUGAAUUCAUUGCGCCAGAUUUGGUAUGAUCUUCUCCG